AUGGCGUUCGAGGUAUAUACUGGAUCUUGGACAGACUGGUCCCGUGGUCCAAUCCUUGGUGCGACCAUUACGCUCUCAUCUCGGGACGCUAGUCUCCUCCUUGCCUUCAUCGCAGCCUUUGUGACAGUCAUCGCUGCCAGGCUCUGGGUCAUCAUGUGCUUCUCCGCCCAUCAACUCCUCUCAACCAACGGAAAGAAUGACGGACUUUACUACCAACGACAAGUCAUUCUGCGCAAUGCGAAAUCUGCCCCGGCUGCUGCAUGGCUAUUCCUGCAACAGACUUAG